GCGCUUGGUAGUAAUAUCGCAUUUAGUUACCCGCCACAGUGACCGGGAAAUCUUCGCGCCAAAUCCGACCCCUGAUGCCGCGAGUGCGCGCGAAAACGUUCGUCCCCGCCGUUUUUAUAGCUCCAGCUACAACAGCCGCGACGGUUCCUUUUUUUCUCACCUAUCUCCCCUCUUCCCUUCCCUUCUGCCAUCCUCUCUCUCUCUCAUGGCCCCUAAGACCCCCUUCAGGAGGCGGACCAAUGCGCCCUCCAGCUCCAGCCUCUCCUCUGCCGUCCUCGACGCCAUCCGGUGCGAGGAGUGCGGCUCCGGGGAGUCCGCCGACAAGCUCCUCCUCUGUGACAGGUGCGACCGAGGGUUCCACCUCUUCUGCCUCCGCCCCAUUCUCGCAUGUGUCCCCAAGGGCCUCUGGUUCUGCCCCCCUUGCUCCGCCGAAAAGAGGCCCAAGAGUAUGUCGACCCUCGAUCCGAUCCUUCGCCCCCUCCCUCUCCUUUCUUCAUGGAUCUGCGGGUUUGGUUGCAGGGUUUCCGCUAAUCCAGACAAGGAUCAUAGAUUUCUUCCGGAUACAGCGGUCGUCGGGGCUAGAGAAGCUGGAAUGCCGGAAAAGGAAGAAGAGGAGCGGAGGGCUGGUGGUGGCGAAGAAGAAAAGGAAGCUCCUACCUUUCAACCCGAUCGAAGACCCCGAUAGAAGGCUGGAGCAGAUGGCGUCGCUGGCCACGGCCUUGACAGCCACCGGCGCCGUGUUCAGCAACGAGCUCACCUACCGACCGGGCAUGGCGCCGAGGUCGGCCAAUCGCGCGGCCAAUGAGAACGGAGGGAUGCAGGUGCUGUCCAAGGAGGACGUAGAGACGCUGAACCUGUGCAAGCGGAUGAUGGAAAGGGGCGAAUGGCCACCGCUGAUGGUCGUCCACGACCCACUCGAAGGGUUCACAGUGGAGGCGGACAGGUUCAUCCGAGACCUAACCAUCGUGACCGAGUAUGUGGGCGACGUCGAUUACCUCAAGAACAGGGAGCACGACGACGGCGACAGUAUGAUGACUCUGCUCUCGGCGACGAACGCUGCGAGGAGCCUAGUCAUAUGCCCUGAUCAGAGGAGCAACAUCGCCCGGUUCAUCAACGGCAUCAACAACCACACAAGGGAAGGGAAGAAGAAGCAGAACCUCAAGUGCGUCAGGUUCAGCGUCGACGGGGAGUGCCGAGUUCUGCUGGUCGCGAACAGAGACAUAUCGAGGGGGGAGCGACUGUACUACGACUACAAUGGCAGCGAACAAGAAUACCCAACCGAGCAUUUUGUUUAGGAGUUGACUUUCUUUGGAAACCUCAUGAAAUGGUCAAACCAUCAGCCAACGUUUUUGUUUUACAUCAUGGUCAAAGCAUUUCGAGUAUUAGCAAACAGUAAGGAGAAAAGAUUUGCAAUGUUGGGGAUAUUUUGUUUCAAAUGGAGUUCUAAUUGUAAUGAUGGACACAUUUUGUUUCAAAUGGAGUUGUUCUAAUCUAUGUUAUGGAUAUGA